AUGAGGGGCUCUGUCACGUGCACAACUUUCACAUGCCGCCCACACCGAUUCUCUCAUAAAAGUUGCAAACUUCUCACGAUUCACCACAUGACAGAAACAACAAUCCACGGGAAACGCAAAUUAUCGUCCCACUGGCCUCCAGGGCCCGAGUACACGUCGAUGCCUCCCUCGUCCCCUGGUGUGACUUUGGCCACUCUGGAUGCUCAUGCUGAAGCUCCUCCACCAGCCUACAGAGAAAAGCGGAAAAACGACCAGGAACUCGUUCUGGCAGCUGAGGCGCUUGCGCUGCUCACAAAGAGGACCCCACCACCUCCGGGUGCUGGAGAAUCAGAGGAUGGAAGCGGGGCUUCACAGGGUCACUCGGCGAUCGCAUCUCCACUCUCAUCGCUUCUGAUUCAAGGUGACGAAGAUUACAAAAUACAACAUCCGUUGGUGUCACGAGUGAACCAAGUAUCCCGCCAUCCGAUAGUGACCAACGCGGUGCGCUACUACAACCACUCUAAGCGCAACUAUGCUCUGUUCAACUACGCUGCCGAAUUUGUUGAGAAGGCCGCAAUACCGGUUGUUUCUCGCAUCGAAGCUGACUUGAAUAGUCGCCACCAGGUCAAACAGGCAGCAGCCGCCAUCACAGACGACAACGAAGUGUCGCCGCACCGCAAGUUGAGACGGCUCUCGUCUUCAAGUACGGUAGCUACGGCAAAGUCUGUAAAGUCGAACUCCGCUUCCACCGCCGAUACCCGUAAACGUCUUCAAUUCUGUCUCCAUGUUUUGAAACUUGCCAACGACCAGAUCACCACCAAAGUUAGCGAGCUCCAAGCGAAAAUCCAAGAACGAGAGCAGGAGCGUGAGAAGGAACAAGCCCAGAAAAUCGAACGUGCAAGACGGGCCAGUGAGGCCAGUCACGCCAGCCAGGACCAAACCGGCCCGCCUGGAGCGGGUCUCAUUGCUCCUGAAGCACAGCAGACAAAGACGGAAAUUGUAUCUACCGUCAAGAAGAUAAUUCAUGUCAUUUCCAAUUUCCGCCCGUCGUCACUCAGCACCUCUAAUGGACUUACUCCCACUAGCAGCCAAUCCAGUGAAAACUGUGAUUUCAAAACCACCAUCCGCGAUAUCAUCCUCCAGCUUCCUACCACGGUCCAGCAAACAACCGCGGCCAAAACUGGUACUGGUCAACAAGCUAACGACCGCAUCUUUUUGCUCGCCAAAGAGUCGCUCGACAUGAUAACGAGACUAACUACUGUGUUUAGCGUCCAGUUGGAAAAAGCCGAUAAUUGGGUAGCCGGGGAGCAAGAAGAGGAUGAACUGACACUCACCGAAUAUGAUAGUGAUAAGAAAGAGGAUUCGAAAUACAGUUAG